UUCCGCCAGCGUGAGCGCCUGGGCUGCUGCGAGGCUCGUCUUGGCAAAGGAGUUCCGCCGCCGCCGCCAAGCAGCUCGUCGCCUGGCUGCUGCUGCCGCGUCUUUUCCCCCCUUGGACGAUGUUCGAGGAAGCCCCGUGGGGCGAGGCGGCGGAGCUGGAGCUGGCAGGCCGCCUGCUGCCUCCCCGCCCGCGGGCUCAGAGCCCCGUCCGGAGCAGCCCCGCCGAGCGCCGGCGUCUCCUGGCCACCCUGCGCCGCCUGCAGAGCUCGGCGCCGCGCCCGCCUUCCCCGUCCUCCUCCGGCCGAGGCAGCAGCGCGUCGGACUCGGAAGCCGAGCAGCCGCGAGAGAGGAAGCGCCCGAGGAAGGCGCCGCCGUCUGGGUCGCCCCCCGGGUCCCGCGCCGGAGCUCCGCAAUCGCAGCAGCAGCGCCUCCCGGCCCGGAAGGAAAAGCCGGCGCCCCGAGCAGACAAAGCAGCUGGAGGUGGAGACCCUGAGCCCAGCAGCAAGCAGAGGAGCGCUGGGGCAAAGGCAGCUGCAAAGGACCCAGAGGAGGAGCCACGGCAGCGGCUGACCAGGAGACAGUGGAAGAACCGCCAGAAGAACAAGCGUCGCCAGAAGAGGCUCAAGGCAGGGCUGGGCCACGAGGAGCCCCCCGUGGCCUCUGCGGCAGCAGAAGAACCCCCUGCAGUCCCUGCAGCAGCAGAGGAGCCCCCCAGCAGCCAGGAAGACCCAGCAGCCCAGGAACCUCUCAGCGAGAGAGCAGCAUCCCUGCGGCUGCGCAUGGAGGAGCGGCUGGAGUCAGCGCGCUUCCGCUUCAUCAACCAGCAGCUCUACACAUCCUCCAGCCAGCAGGCGGUCCAGCUCUUCCAGGAUGACCCUGAGGCCUUGGCGGUGUAUCACCGGGGCUUUGCCCGGCAGGUGGCCCAGUGGCCUGAAAACCCUGUGCAGCGGUUUGUGCGCUACCUGCGUCAAAGACCAGCGUCACUCGUGGUGGCAGAUUUCGGUUGCGGGGACUGCAGGCUGGCACGCAGCGUGCGGAACAAAGUGCACUGUUUUGAUCUGGUGGCUCUGGACCCCCGAGUCAUUGUCUGCGACAUGGCCCAGGUCCCCCUGGAUGAUGAAUCUGUUGAUGUGGCUGUGUUCUGCCUGGCACUGAUGGGUACUAACCUGCAGGAGAUCUUGGAAGAGGCUAACCGUGUGCUACGAGUUGGGGGGACCCUCCUGGUGGCCGAGGUGGCCAGCCGCUUCCCGGACGUGCGGGCCUUCGUGGCGGCGCUCGCCCGGCUCGGCUUCCGGCUCCUCAGCAAGGACGUGACGGGCAGCCACUUCUUCACCUUCGAGCUGCGCAAGGCAGAAGCGCCGAAGCGGAAGGGGCGGGGCGAAAGGGCUCUUCCGGGACUGGCGCUCCGCCCCUGCCUCUACAAGCGGCGGUGACGUCAGGGGGCGGGGCUUCGUCUGGGCCGCCGUCGCGUCGCUCUGAAUAAAGUGCUUUUCUCGAA